AUGCUGCAUAUUAGUUACGUUUCAGUGAAUGCACAGAAUUCUCGUUCACAAUAUAAUAAUAAUAAUAAUAAUAAUAAUAAUAAUAAUAAUAAUAAUAAUAAUAAUAAUAAUAAUAAUAAUAAUAGUAGUAGUAGUGUUGACAUUCAUAAUAAUAAUAAUAAUAAUAAUAAUAAUAAUAAUAAUAAUAAUAAUAAUAAUAAUAAUAAUAAUAAUAAUGGUAGUAGUAGUGGUAGUAAUAAUAAUAACAGUAAUGGUAUUAGUGUUAGUAGUAGUAGUGGUGGUGGUAGUGGUAAUAAUAAUAAUAAUAAUAAUAAUAAUAAUAAUAAUAAUAAUAAUAAUGGUAAUGGUAUAUUUGUAUUACACUACCCGUAUGUGACUAAUCUAGUACAUGGUACUAAUAUUUGA